AAAACGGUUCGAAGGCAUCGGCCCCAAUUGGUAGACAAUAUGACUGAGUACAAAUACUGCUAUGACUUAGUUCUGCACUACGUUCUGCACUAUUUGAACAAAGACUUAAAAGAAAAAAAGUGAGAAUGCGAUUUACACGAUGAUCUGUGGACCUCUGAUUUUGACUAUAGAAUUUACUUUUUACUAUCUAUUUUGGUUUAUUGAAUUUGGCCGUGGCAAAAGCAUUCCGCUUACGCCCGAUAAUUCAAAUUCGGAACUCUCCAAAGAACUAACGAACGCAGGUCGUGUAAUCGUGGAAAAAUCAAUCAAAAAACUACAGCGAGGAGAGUCCUACGACUUUUGUCAAUCGUUUGACGACAAAAAGUUUGUUAUCGACAAGAACGGCAGGAUAUGUGAACGCAAGAAAAAGGGUCGUCUGUACAGUCUGGGUGGCAACGAUCCCCCACGAAAGUGUCCCCGGGGCCGACUGGAUCGGCUAAAAACCGUAGGAACCUUUGACAUUACGAACGAGAUCUCGCGGCUCAGCCAGAAGACAAUGAACCUGAACGAACGCAUCAUCGGUAACCAACUGUUUGCCCAGACCGUUGACGAAGCGACUACCACUGCCAUCGGUAGUGCAGCGGGUAGUAUCGGUGCCGGGCUGGUCCCUUUUAUAGCGACCGCUGCAUUUGGACCGGUCACCAACACUAGUGUCGGUACAACCGAAAAACAACAGUUUAGCAGUGUCAGACCAAGUAAUGGUCCGAUGCUGUUUAAACAAAACACUGAAAGCAUCCAUUUGUCGCCUCAUCAUCAUCUACCAUCCCAUCACCCACUGGUGCUGCAAAAACAGCAUCAGUUGCAAGCCGCCAAAAGUCGAAGCCUAAGUACGGGUUCCUACAUUACUAAAGAAUCGAGUGUUCAUUCUAGCGUAGAAAAGAUUAUCAAAUCCAAUAGCAAUUCUGACCUGAACGAGAACGCGCAAAAUACGAUCGACACAAUUCCGAAGAACCGAUCAUUAGAAGAUAGUAGAACGGUGAAGCUCAGCCAGUUUCAUUCGCCGAUGCCGCUACGAAAGCCAAUAUUGCGUAAAUCAAAAAAGAUCAUCCGUACGGAUUCAGAGUUCCUGAAGGGAAACAUAUACGAAAAAGAAUCCAGCUUAUCGAGUUCUCAGUAUACCCCAACGCACGAAAAACGGCGCGAGUUUGCCGGAAACCACAGUAGUAAUCCCUCUUCGGAAACGCAUAAAUCGACCGACGAAAGUUCGAAAAACAUUUCAACGGACGAAAUCGAUACGGUGUUUUCCGAUACCGUGGAAUUGGAGCAGAUGGAGGUAGAUUACAAGAUACACUUGAAAAACAACCUUCAGCGAGAGUACAAAAGCGAUAGUGAUACCUUAGACGAAGUGGGUAAGAGACAACCAGAUUAUAGUACUUGGAAAAAUCAAAGUUACGAAAAUACGUUCGAAAUCCGCGAGGAGAAGGAACAGGAAACAGAAGAUAGUGGGAGUUCUUACAAGGAUGCACUAGGGUCGGAGAAAGAAGAAGAACGAUCGAGGAGCACGGAAGGUGCAGGAUUGCAAAAACAAGCUAGCAACGAUCCACAAACUCGAAAAUCUAUUAAUCGACCGACUGAACUUGAGCUCGGUACGUCUUCGGAUGGUAGUAAACAUCCUUCGGUGGAUGGUCCCUUUGGUCACAUAUUCGAGAAGAACUUAGGGCGUUUUAAGAAGAUGAACAAACUACUGAAAUGUAAACGAUUCAGCACUUCAGCUUUGUAUGACAAGAAGAAUAAGUUGAACUUCAAAGAAACAAUUUUUUUCGACGAUAAGUCCUCGCCAGCGAAGACCAGCAUAGAAACCACUCGGUCCCCAGCUAAAUCGUGCCUUUCGCAGUCCAAGGCGUCAAUCAGUUCAUCCAAAUCGUCACUUUUCGGCAACAAGAAGAGCAAUGUUUUCAAUCUUAAAGGAAGAAAGUUUCUUUUUUCCAACUCAACCAGCACCGCAAGCGACGGAACUUCUCGGACCUCUCCGAAUAAAUCGAAAUCGAGUAAUGAAAUAAGCUAUUGCCGCACAAAGUCGGUGAAAAGCUCAAAAAAAUCCGUCAAAACGAAUAGCACUGCAUGUCUAAAUCUAGAGACUACGAGUACCUCACCACUGUCUGAAGCAUUCUACAAUCCAACCGGAAGUGUGAGAUUGAGUGCCAUGGAGUUGUACGAAAAGUUCUGUUCGCGUGAUUUCAGCGGAUUGUACAAGCAUGAAAACGUCCGCAGUGACUAUGAUGACGGACAGAAUGGCACAGACCCGGAACAGUAUGAUCCGAACCGAAACCUGGGAGCAAUUCGAAAGUACAAACGAAAAAACUUCAAACUGCUGCGUCAGAAAAGUGAACCAAAGUUUUCAUUUCGGACCGAUACUCUUUAUGAAAAUGAGGAUAGUUAUGAUGACACAUGCUAUCCUGAUGGACAACCAAAAGAUGAGUAUGAAGGUGAGGAUUACUCACAAUUCCUGUAUGAUGAGCAGUAUUACGAGGAGGAUAUUGAGAACUUGAGUAUAGAAAAUAUCUAUUACCGGGGGAACUUGAUUCGAGAAGAUGGCACGAUAGUGGAAGCUUAUCAGUAUCAUGACGAAUUUGACGAAGAAGAAGGUGAAGAGGAAGAAGAAUUGGAAGGAGAGGAAGAGGAGGAGGAGGAGGAAGAGGAUGAUGAAGAUGAAUAUGAGGAGCAAGGGCCAUGUGAACAUGGUGCAGAAACGGAAGAUGACAGUGUGGAACCGCCACUAAUAGACAUGGCCGGCGCGGUUGAUUCCGACUGUGAUGAGAUUUACUUGAUGCCACAAAAUGAAUCAAAGAAGUUGAUCAUUCGCGACUUUCUUUUCCAUCACAGUAACAACGAGUUCGAUAAUGUUGCUGAUGAGUAUGAGUCUACGGAAGCAGAGUUAAGAGUGCUUCAGCGGUGUGAAGAACAGGAUACACUGACAAUAUACAAAAUCUGUUCAAAGGAGAGCAUUUUAGAUUCCAAAGGUGACCUAGACAAUAUUCCACUGAAUUCGACAAUCGAUCCCUACUUUGUGAAGUCAGACUGUUCAACGGCACUCGAGCGCACAGCCUCGUUGGAACUUCUUAGCAAUUCCAGUGACACACUAAACAAAUCCACGUUAACAGAUUACGCAUUUGAUACCGUUAAAAACGUAAACUUAGAUAGCUGUAGUACGUCUAGACUGAGCUUAUCAUUGAAAAGCGAAAUCUUCGAAGACACAUUGGCGAAUGCUAAACAUAAUGGAUCCGGUGAAAUAAAGCAGAUAAAAAACUGGAACAUCGAGGAUUUCACGUUAACCCCAGAUGGAUCAUUUUCAGAUGAAGCCAUAGAUGAAUUAAUAAAGUCCCAUCUGGCGGAGGAAAUUGAGCGGAAGGCGUCUAGUGACGGAGGAGAUAACAGGGAGCUAGUGACGGCAUCUGACAAACCAGCUAAUCCUCCGACUAGCGAGUACACAAUAAUCGAUCUAGAUGAAGAACCGUACCUGCUUGACCCGACGAUCUCCGAUUUUACCAACGAGAUAACGAAAGAAUUCGAUCUGUUGUUUUCUCGAGCGGAGACGGAAUCACACGACGCUAGUUUCUCAGGCAGUCCGGCGAACGAUAAAGGCGACGAAGAUGAACCCAGUAAUACUCAACCACGUCUCGAGCUGCUGGAUUUGCGACCGACGGCGAUUGAACUUCCUACUCGUCAUUCAAUGCAAAAGCUAGAACCUAUUAACCUAGACACUGAUGAGAUUAAAAUUACACGACAUGCCGAGGACCAACUCAAAACAGAACACGAUAGUGCCAAAGCAGUAGCUAUAGAUAACAGGUGUAAGGUAGAUAAACAAAAAGCUUCGAAUGACGAUCGAACAGCUAGCUCUACGACAGCGGUAGCAGCUUCGGGGGAUGAUCGUUUGCGGAAAGCCCGUAGUCAAUCCUUGGGUAACCUUAAGAACAAAACCAAAUGUUUUCCAUUAUAGAAAAUAAGAAAUGCUGUAAUUAGUCGACUAGCGGUAUAGCGUUUGUGGCCAAUUUUUGUACAUUUUUUUACUCCGGCUCACCAAUAUUAUGUUCGACGUUAGAGUUAGUGAAUGCUGUUAGGCGAUAACAAUUAAAGACGUUACUAAAAUAGGUGAAAGUUGCAGGCGAGGAAUAAUAAUUCGUAAGAACCUGGAAUCCUUUUAUACGUUACUACUUUUAUAGUAAUAACUCAAAAUAACCUCAUCUCUCAUUUGAAUAGAUGUAAAUUAAAACGUGACUAGCUUUGCGUUAUUCAUUACCAUUUCGAACCAAAGAAAAUGUAAAUUGAACCGAAAAAGAUGCCAUGUUCUAAAACUCAAAUAACUAACACAAAAUGAAAAGAAUGUGUUGAACACUUCUUUAGAUCAAUUCUACUCCCACACUGACUCGGACUCACCUUUACUCAUACAUACUCCAUCUCAAAGGGGAGAAAUGAUACAUUUAUAUACAUAUUCCAUUUGUUGUUUACUAAUUGCUAUAUAUUUUUGAAAGAGAAGUUUAUUGUGGACACAAAAUCAAUAUGAAAAUUGUUCGUAUUGACAAACAAAAAAGUAAUUGAAUUAACGUUUACUUUUCGCGAUAAUAAUGGAUUUCUGAUUUUUAAAACCGUAAACAUGGGUAGUUGAAGCAAAUUGAAAACAAAAGUGUGAUACAGAGAAAAAUCAAGGUUAAUUGUUGUAGUGAAAAUGGUCUUGAAAAGACGAUAGUUAUUAAUUUGUUGGAUGUAAUAUUUAUAUAGGAAACAAUUAUAGACCCAACUCGGUGUUGUUUGCUCAAAUCAAAUUUUAACGAUAGAAUCAUACCGAAAAUCAGAAGAUAAACACACAUGGAAAAGAAAGUUAACUUUUUUAACAUCUUUAAGAGAAUCCCAUAUUUUUAUAAAUGAUAUUCGCUUUUAACUACUUCUACGAAAUGUUACUUUCUCAGCAAAGCUUGUAGUUUUUCUGAAAUAAUGAACAAUAUUUUAUACAACAUAAAUUUUAAAUAAUUGUAAUAGUCUACUUCGCAAUGGCCUUAAAUUUUAAAGGAUCUCUGGACUGUAUCUGACAUUUGUCGAAGAACUUUAUUUAUCAUAUCUAAGGAAACUAGUUGAUACUUCAUAAGAAAUUGACCAAAUCUUGUUUAAUAGUUGAUAGUCACUAUUGCAAAUAAAUACAUUUUACGCUUGCAGCAUUAAAACAAAGUAGACUGUUGUUACCACGGAAACCACAACCGCUAUCUUUGUUGUUUCAGCUUUCAUUUCCUUUAAAAAUCGACACUCGAAUAAAUUUGAAAAGUUUCUCGAACUUCAUCUUUCCCUGACUAAACGAGCAAAUAACACCGAGUUUCCGAUCCACCAUUAUUGUUGUCAUGAUUGUCAUUAAACGUUUUAUAUCAGCGGAUAACAAGUGUAAAAUACCACGAGUUACAUGUCCAUAUUUGUAUAACCCGAGUACACAGAAAAAAAACGGCAAACAUUAGGAAACUUCCUUUUGCAUAAUUUCCAAGAACCUGCAAGAACAGGUACAAAAUCAAUAUCCAUCGAUGUGAUUUGUUAAUGUUAACCUUUUCGUGUGAAGUGAUAAAAGCACACAAGAAACCUUUUAUAAUUGUUGUUGGAAGUUUUAUUUAAUUUGUAAAUAGGGUCAGUAAAUAAAAAAAAAACAAUUAGCUGCAUAUAUUUUUUACAUUAUUUUUAUUACAUAGUCAGCUGAAAUUUUUUUAUUAAUUUUCUGUAAAUUUGCAAACAGUUCUUUGUUGACACUACCGGCGUUACUUGGCAGCGACUACGGCCACAAGAAAUAGCUUCAUUGACAGGUAACCCAGAAAAAGGAUAGCUGUCAAGCUUGUUGAAUACAAGUCAAACUUACAAUAGAGUUCAAACAACAAUUGACUACGCAUCGUCAACGCUAGAUAACGUCGUGAAAACUAAAAAAACCACUCAUGGCCAAAUGACCCUAUCCAAAACCUUUUGUACAUUUCCGUUUUUUUGGUCCAAAAAUUCAACAUUUUAUCAAUCCAAAUCGUUGAAAAUAAUAUGAAAUAUUGUUACUGAUUCAUAUAUAUUUUAAAACUUAAUUAAGCAACCGGUUAUUGUUGUUGUAGUUCAGAAAAUAAUAUACUUUUCGUUCAAUGUUUUGCCCGUGGAUCUCCUAACCAGUGGUUUAUAGAAAUCAACUGUAAUCAAGCAAGCAAAGAAAGCAACAAUAAAUAAAAGCAAAUCUCACACAAAAUACACUUAAACCAUAAUGCUGACGAGAUUUCUUUCCGGACGAUUGUUUGACUGAACCUCAAAGCUGAUCUCCGGAUGUAUUACUAGAGAAAAAAAGAUAUUUCAAUUCGGUGAACAAGCAAAAGCAAAGCAAACUUGGUGACAAAAAUUCCUUUUGUUACAUUUAUAACUAGGUGAAAACAAAAGAAUAUUUUUAUAGGAAAUAAAAAAGCAUAUAAACUUAAA